AUACGAAUGCCAAAACCUAGUUUUUGUCUGGGAUCGAUAUUUGAUUACGUGCAUUUAAAUGAUCUUAAUAUCACUGUAUGGUAGGAAACAAUGGCAUAGGAAGCUAAAAUGUAUAUCACAUGGAUUUAUUUUUUAUGGCUUUUAAUUACAGUCGCCUGUAAUAACAUAGAGAGAGCCACAUACUGUUAUGGAGAUAAUUCUGCAGGUUCAAACAUUGUUGACGUGUCAUGUACCAGUGGCACCGUCUACAUAAAUGAUGUCAUAGCUGCAACAAAGCCUACAUCUUUGAGCUGUUCUCCUGAAGACCAUAUAGGAAACCCAGCAGGUCAAGAGAAAUGUUGUACGUACAAUGAGACCGACUGCAUGAAAUCAUGGUCCGGAUCAUGGGAUGCCUAUCGGAACUGUAUAGGAAAAAUGACUUGUUAUGGUGCUCCAGUUAUCCGUGACGAACCUAUAUGUUCCACUGGUGAUUUCCCCAGAUUCAGCAACUAUAUGAUCCUCGAAUACUACUGUAUGCCAGCUGGUUAUAUCUUUGGUCCAUGCAAUAGCACUGCUGACUGCAAUAAUCCUGCAGCAAUGUGUAAUGAAACUUACUGCGCAUGCCAAACCGGGUAUACCACAUUCUCUGCCUUCGACGAUUGCUGGAGAGAUGGAGGCCUAAAUGGAUCUUGUACGGGUGCAGUCGGAUGUCAAGACGCCAACACAUUCUGCAAUUUUACAUCAGGACGGUGUCAAUGCGAUGUUGGGUAUAUUGCUUUUAAUGGGAGCUGUCGACAAGGUGGACAUAACUUUGGCUUCUGUGUGGACACGGCUGACUGUACGGAUCCUCAAGCGCUGUGUGACAAGAGUGUUUGUGUUUGCAAGGGUGGAUACACAGCGUUUGCCGAGUUUGACGACUGUUGGAAAGAUGGCGGCUUGAACGGUUCAUGCACGGGUUCUAUUGGUUGUCAUAACAACAACACUGUUUGUGACACCACUUCUAACAGAUGUGCUUGCAGUACUGGAUAUUCAGCUUACAAUGGUUUGUGUUAUGCAGACGGAGAUUUACAUGGAUUUUGCAACACCAAUGAUGACUGUGUAGAUUACAAUGUAGAAUGUACAAACCAGAGAUGUGAAUGUAUAACUGGCUAUAGGGAUAUGGGUGGCACUUGUCUUGAAGAUGGCCGUCUCAAUGGGUACUGUGAAGCGUCUGUCAUUGAAUGUGUUGACGAUAAUACAACUUGCCAGACUGAAAAUGGUACAUGUGAAUGUGUAGAUGGAUAUACAGAAAUAGGUGAUACUUGUGAGAAAGAUGGAGAACUGGGAGGAGUUUGUGUUGUGGAUGGAAACUGUACAGAUACUCAUGCUGAAUGCGUUUUACUGCAGUCAAAUCCAGCACUUUCAGUGUGUGAAUGUAAAGAUGGAUAUACAGACAUAGAUGGUCAAUGUAUUGAAGACGGAGACCUACAUGGGUUUUGUAACACCAAUGACGACUGUGUAGAUGACAAUGUAGAAUGUACAAACCAGAGAUGUGAAUGCAUAGCUGGCUAUAACGAUAUAGGUGGCACCUGUCGUAAAGACGGACACCCUAAAGGAUAUUGUGAUGCGGUUAACAUUACAUGUGUGGACAAUAAUUCGAAUUGCUCAAAUGGAAUAUGCGAAUGUUUUAUGGGGUAUACAGAACUAGAUGGAGAAUGUAAGAAAGAUGGAGAUUUAGGAGGGGUUUGUGUUGUGGACGGAAACUGUACGGAUGCUGACGCUGAAUGUGUUUCACUGCUGUCGAACCCAGCGCUGUCAGUAUGUGUAUGUAAAGGUGGAUAUACAGACAUAGAUGGGCAAUGUAUUGAAGAUGGUACACUAAAUGGUAUAUGUAAUGGGUCGGUUGUGUGUAAAGAUAACAACACAGAGUGUAACACAGCAACAAAAAGGUGUCAGUGUUCGUCUGGAUAUGUUCCCUAUGAUGAUAUAUGUUACGGAGAUGGGGAUCUUCAUGGGUUUUGUGUGCAAGAUUCAGACUGUUUAGAUGACAAUGUGGAAUGUAUAAACCAGAGAUGUGAAUGUAUAACAAAUUAUAGAGAUAUAGAUGGACAAUGUCUUGAAGAUUGGCAUCUUAACGGUUUUUGUGAAGUAACGAUCGACUGUGUGGAUGAAAAUACUGAAUGUUCAGAGGGCAUUUGUGAAUGUAUAGACGGAUAUACAGAAAUCGAUGGAACGUGCAUGAAAGAUUGGGAUAUAGGAGGAGUUUGUGCUGUAGACAGUGACUGUCUAGACGAUAAUGCUCAGUGUGUCACUAUGUCAUCAAACACAGCCAUAUCGAUAUGUGAAUGCAAUACCAACUAUACAAAUAUUGAAGGAGAAUGUAAACAAGAUCGUCGUCUCGGUGGACGGUGCACAAACACUGCGUCCUGCUUAGAUACGAACACCAACUGCUCAACAGAAGGUAUCUGUACAUGCAUUGCACAGUACUCCGAGGUCAACGAUAUUUGUAAAGAAGAUGAAAAAGAAGGCGGAGUUUGCGGUCAAAGUGUCCAGGGAGGACAUGUAGGACAGUGUACCGAGGACCAUACCGUAUGUGAGGUGGACACACAGUUACAGUGUGGAGGCUCCAAGUGCACACCAGGCCUCUGUCAAUGUAAACAGGGAUUUUCUAUUGGAUUUGACAGUACUUGUACGAAAGAUGGGGAUAUUGGCGGCGUAUGUAACAUGGACAGUGAUUGUGCGGAUGCCAACGCCAACUGUGUUGGUACACCUUUGUUCUGCACUUGUUCUACCGGAUAUAGAAACGUGGAUGGCGCAUGCGUAAAAGAUGGCGAUCCGGGCGGCUUUUGCCUGUCAGGAAACAUGUGUACAGAUUCCCACUCUAUAUGUGUAAAUGGAACAUGUAUUUGUAAUGACGUUAGAGACUACGUCAUCAAAGAUGGAAGUUGUCAAAGAGAUGACAGUUACAUCAGUGGUGAAUGCGAGGGCGGUAUUUGUUUUGAUUCUAAUGCAGUGUGUUCAGGAAACAAAUGUAUGUGUAAGUCAGGGUACUCGCAACACAAUGGUAUAUGUACAACAGGGGAACUAUCGUCAGUAACGUCAUGUAACGGAAGUUCACCAUACAAUCAACUAUCUCCAGACUGUGAUCAAGACAGCGUUCCUUUAAUCAUAGAACAGUACCAGCGCGUGAAAGCUGCUAGCAACAAUUGUUCUGGAAACGUGUCUGUUUAUUCAGAUGUAAUUUUCAUGAUGUGUUGUUCUUACGAUGUUGGAGAUUGUCGUCUGCACGGAUCAGAAGCAGAUGCUUGUAGUCCAGCUGACUUGGUUGGAGCAUACACUACAUACAAUGUCAUUGAUUACAUUUGUGCUAAAGCUGACUCAGUAAUUGACGCAUCUACCAAUGACGACGUAACAAGCAAUCAAGUUUACGUUACCAUAUCAACAGACAACGUGGGAAACACUGGGAAAACAAUGUGUUCAGUUACAGCUUCUUGUCAGACAGAUAUAUCCGUAUAUUUGGUCUUCUUAAAUUUUGCGAAGGUUAAUAAUCAAUGCAGCCAGACACUCACCAUAACAGAAGGAACAAGUUCGACAACUUUUGACUGCGAUUACACUGUAGAAAAUACAACAAUGGCUGUGUAUUCGACAUCGGCAGGUUUCUUCACGUUCAGAGUAACCAAUCCGGAUCAAGGCGGACGUUUUGUGUUGAAUAUUGAAGCUGAAACAACAACAGCCGACUUACUGGUAGCCUGUGGAAGUGAAGCAGAUUCGGAAGGUCCUGGGUCAUUUGGAACAUGUUCACCUGAGGCUGGCCGCCUCGGAGGCGAAUGCUCCUCCGAAAUUAUCUGUGUAGAUCCAUACACAGUUUGCCAAAAUGGAGUUUGCCGAUGUCAAAGCGGAUACAGCGAAUCCAACAUGGAAUGUUUAGAAAUUGCUUCCAAAGAAGAGGACAAAACGAACCAAACCGCUUUACUAGCAGUGAUUAUUCCGGUGGCAAUUCUUGUUGUCUUGGCAGUAGCUGCCAUACUUUUCUGGUUGUUCAAGGAUACCAUACGCAAAAGAUGUUUCCCUAAACAGGAAUCAGCAUUACCAGUCAAGCCAGUCAUUGAAGGACCAACUCCGAUGAAUGUUAAGUACACGGGUACUGGUGUACCGUCCGAUGUCAAGGUACCAAAAGCUAUGCCACCGCCAUGGUUAAACUCUGGCUGGUCUCCAUCGAACGAAAAGUUUCAUGGAAAUAUUCCAAAAGAUUCAAACUUGAGAAAAACACUUCCCCCUAUAAUCCGCCCGCAAAUAGGCGCCACUCCAAUGAAUAUGAAAUAUUCUGGCAAGUUGCCAAAUGGAUCAGGUCAUUUGAAUGAGGCAAAUUAUCUGCACAAAGAAGAAGUAGAAGCCGACAAAAAUGUAAACAAGAAAAAGCAGAAGAAAAUAAAGAGAAAUACUAUCAGUCCUAUUAACGAAAAUGACGUUCUACUGGCUAAUGGAGCCGCAGGGUUAGCAAAUACCGCUAACUUGAAGUCGAAAGGCAAGAAGAAGAAUAAAAAACUGAGGAAGGUACAACUUGGAAUUAAGGCAAAACAAGCCUUUGAAUUACCAACACAACUGGGCAAUUCACAAGCAGGGGUUUACAGACCAAAUCAAGACUUUUACAAUAGAAGCCUAUCAGGAAUGAAUCAUAUGAAUGGUACACCGGCUUUUAGUCAGUCCGUCCCAGGACCGAAUAUGCAAAAUCUCAAGUCACCUGUUGGUCGAUUGCCACCUCUACAAAAUACUAUCUCCAACACAUUUGAUCCUCGGGCUUCCUGGAGAACUACAGGAUCAGUGGUCUCUGUAGCUGUUCAACCUAAAGUGAGGAGGCCCUCUGUGAUAGACAUUGCUUCCGUUGAUGAUCCAUCGAAUAUUGAACAUUUUGAGCUAGCCAAUAACUGAUUUACUUGAUAAAUUUUGUACUAACAAUUUACCCUAAUGUUUAGGCUUAAAAAGAUUAGUCCAAGCAAUUUCAGUUCCGGGCAGUGCAUUCUUAUCUUUUAACAAGCGUUUAGUCCAUGUUUAAUUAUAUUAUUCUUUGAUGUGGCCGUAGCCUCGUACUACAUGAUCAAGUUUUCAAAGCUUUGAAGUUAAGUGAAUCAAAUAUGUAAUUUUAUUGACACUGAAACCGCAUUAUGAUAUGCAACGAAUUUAAAAUUUGCUUAAUUUUACAUGUAAUAAGUGAAGAUGCCAUUCAGAGUUUAAAAACUGCAAUAUAAACUGAAAUGUAUUUCAGUAAUACUUUGUCUGGUCAAUAGAUUUUCAUCAGUCUAGCUCAUCUGCGCCAAAGUAUCAGUUUGAGCUAUUCGGAACAUUCAGUAUUCGUCGCGGGUUGUCGUGAACCUUAACUUGUAGACAAUUGAAACUGAAAGUGAAUAAUUUGAUUAAAUGCCUAUUCUUAUACAAUGAUAUAUUCAAUGGCGUUGUGCAUAAUAAUAAUAAUUAUUAUUAUAACAAUAUUAAUAAUGACAAUAAUAAUAAUAACAGCCUUACUGUAACAAACAGUCAUGACCGCCCCCCUCCCUUCAGGUCAUUUUACCCCUAUUGCGAAUACCAGUGUUUAAAGCAUCACGUGGUAGGCCCAGAUGAGCUGCAUAUAGAGGUUCAAACUCCCCGGUUAAUGGUGACAUCAUAUACUAUUUAAGAAAUAAAUACUACACACUACCAUACCCAUAGAGCUUUACCAACAGGUGCGUUUAUUUAAACAAACCUUGGAAAUUUAAAUGUUGAAAUGUGAAACCUUUUACAACAUAUAUAUUAUGCGUCGCCUGUGGUAGUUAUUCUUAACUUGUAGAUGACAUCCAUUAUUCUCUGUGAUACAACCCUUUUAAAGAAAAAACACGUUCAAAAGCGCUUUAAACAGUAAAAAGGCAACCACUCACGGCGCCAUAUUCAUACUCUACAGGUACAGACACACAGUGAUCUGACAAAAUGGACAGAGGGAGAGAAAGCCUUCAGAACAGAGAUAUAGAAAUCCAUUAGAUAUAGGCCUGUCAUGCUAACUUAGCUUAUCUCUGCGCGAAUUCGUUUUUACAAACUGAUAUACUAGUACGCGAAGCCGUCUUUCUUAUUAUUAUAGGAAGAACCAGUAAUUGUCUCCAAGUUAGGUGGGAUACAUUCAAGAGAGAUUAUCCUUUGCCUGUCUCUAUAAACCUGCACUUGUAAACAAUUUUCAUUGUCCACCGUCUGGCGUCGUAAACAAUAACUUGUAGACAACAAAACAUUCCGCUUAGACCAAACUCGCACAAUUUUUAACCAAAUUAAGGAGAAUUCUAUCACAAUUUGGACACAUGCCAGAGAGUUAUGCCUCUUUAAUUGUCAACUGUUACAUUUUGUUAAAGAUACUGUAGCACAUCCAACCAAACUUACACAGUCGUUGUGAGACUAUUAAAGCGACAUUCAUUUUAUUGCUUUAAAAGGUGCAUUUGGGAAAUUUAGGUAUUCAGGACAGCUACUGUAUAGUUACCAUAACUCUCUCGUGUACACAUAUGCCAAUAUUUAUCAACUCUGGCGUAUACAGGGAAUUAUACAAGACAUUUAUUCAGUUAUUUGUCAAAACACUAUUACAUCUCCGGAACAAACAAUAGAGCCUAAACGUGGAAAAUGAAAGCUUAUUUCUUCUUUUCCUUCAUGUCAUUUCUUAAAAGCGCCUUUAAGGCGUCAUAUCUCACCUCACGAUGACGUUACUCCAUUGGGUCAGGAUGUUUCUAAAACGUAUGUUAUUUUUGAUUUGAUUAUAAAGUUGUUGUUUAUUUUUGUUACUUCUGUUUUCAUUAAAGUAUAUUUUGUUUGUA